CUGGUUUUACACAUUUGUUUUACGUAAAAAGCCGCACAGCUGGUUAAAAUACAUUCUUUUAAGUUUAGUAAUCUAAUAUUGGUCAAUAAAAAUCCACAUUAAAACAAAUAAUGUCGCGAAAUAUAUAUCGUUUGGUGAACAACUGUAGUAAAAAACUACUUUAUCGAGCACAUGCUUGUCCAUUGAGGUUGACAAACUCACCGGUCAAUCAUAUACAGCGACGUUUUGCUGCCACAGAUCCUACCAAAGGCAAGGGUCCGAUUUCGUGGAAGAGCUUAGCUUUUAUUGGUGGGGCCGGUGCAAUCGGUCUAGGUUUUAUGUUGUAUGUAAAGAAGGAAAAACAGGAGGCAAUAAUGCGCGAACGAAAAAGGCAAUUAGGUAAAGCGGCGAUUGGUGGCUCCUGGGAACUUACUGAUUCGGAGGGUAAGGUACGCAAGUCGGAAGACUUUCUAGGAAAGUGGCUGUUGAUUUAUUUUGGAUUUACACAUUGUCCGGAUAUAUGCCCAGAUGAAUUGGAAAAAAUGUCAGCGGUGGUUGAUGCAAUAGAAAAGUCACCACAAACUCCAGAAAUUCAACCGAUUUUUAUUACUGUUGAUCCGGAACGUGACACCAAAGAAAUUGUUGGCAAAUAUGUGAAAGAAUUUUCUCCAAAGUUACUAGGUCUUACCGGUACUGUUGAUGAAAUUCGCAAGGUUUGCAAAGCAUUCCGUGUUUACUUUAGCGCUGGUCCCCGCGACGUCGACAACGAUUAUAUUGUGGAUCACACUAUCAUCAUGUACCUAGUCAAUCCUGAUGGCGAGUUUGUGGACUAUUAUGGUCAAAAUCGCGAUAAGGAUCAAUGUAUAAGCUCGAUAUUAGUAAACAUCGCCAAAUGGAAUAAUUUGAACAAAAAAUCUUGGUUUGGUUAAGAUCAUAAGCAAUUAUAGUAAGACUUUCCUUCUGGCUUGUAUUAUUAAUUGAAAAUAUUUGAAUUAGUUUGCAUUUUUAUUUUUAAAUGCGCAUAAAUAGCGCAAUAAAUUUUCAAAAGUGAAUAUA